GAAUUUUGCCUAGCAGCUUGUUUACAUUUAGGGCUUCACCUUCCUUUUCAGGGAAUGCAAGAUAAGUGCGAUUGUGGGACACACCUUGACUCUUUUGGUUAUCAUCUCAUGACAUGUAAACACGGAGGAGGUCCCGUUUGGGCUCAUGACUCAAUUGUAAGCUCUUGGUCGGAAUGCUUGAAAGAGCUGGCCGUUCUCCACAAGAAAGAACCAAAACAUAGAUAUCUGAACAAUGAGGGUAGACCUGAUAUUCUCAUAUGUGACACCGGUAUUUUGUCUGAUCAGGAGAUGGAUAUUUCACUUGGCCAUCCCUGGAGUAAAGAGGUCGUCAAAAAUUGCGCCAAACUGAGUGGAUUUGCUGCAAAGAAAAGAGAAGAAAUGAAAAAUGCUAAAUAUGACAAGAUUCUUCCAGGAGGUAGUGCACCAAAAUGCAUGCCUGUAGUGUUUGAGCACUUUGGCAUCUGGGGAGUUUCCGCGCACUUUAUCGCUCAAGUCCAAAGAUAAAGAAGGACAGAACAACUCUGCUUACUUCAAGACCUACUGGAGACGUCGGUGUUCCGUUACACUGCAGAAACUAAAUGCUCGUGUGAUGAUGAAAAAACUGAACAUUGUUCAAGGUGGUUCCAUUUUAGAUGAUGAACUCAGGCGUGUCCAGGCACGCCCACAUUAGUUUCAUAAGUUAGAGUUUAGGUUUGAGUUUAGUUGACAUUUUAUGUAGUUUGCCGUAUCUAUUGAAUGUCAUUAUACUAGAGAA